AUGGGUAACAACCCUUCCAAAGGCCCAGUCGGCGACACGCCGUCCGGCCACGUCCACCACCAUACCGGCGAACGAAAAGUCGUGCGCCGAACCUCUCUCAAUGCCAUCCCCACACAAAAGGCCGUUGCAGCCGACCCCUCCGCAUCCAGGGAGACUGCAGCCGGCCAUUCUGCUGCGUACCAAGGCUCUGUCCAGCAACGCCUCCAAUCACGAAAUCCUCCCGAAUCCCCCGCCAAGAGCGCAGGAAGAACCGUACAACCCAAUGUCGCCAUAGCAGAGUAUUCACAGAGCCAGAAUUCUCGCUCGCAAGACCCCUCAAACCCGGUUCAAGUGCCCAUCUCCCGCCAUGCCGCGGGGCGAGAUUCUGUGGCACCUUCGGGCCCGCCGCUCAACUCUUACUACAAUGCCACAACACAUUUGCAACGGCCUCCUCGCUUGCCAUUGCCCAUCGGCGAUGCCACAACCACUCCCGGAUCUCCGAUCAGCGGGCCUGAGGACUCGCAUAUUCAAUCGCUACCGGCAGACCAAGUCUUGGAUCAGCACAUGGACCCUGAACAGUCCAAUAUUAGUAGUGUGACCCUAGAUGGAGAUGAGAUUAUGGAUGAGCUUCAGCCUUUUGAUACAAGUGGUGUUGGUAAGGCUGUGCCCACUGUCAUUGAAUGGAAUGGUCCUGGCCAGAAGGUCUAUGUAACUGGCACUUUCGUCAAUUGGGAAAAGAAGUUCAAACUGCACAGAAAUGAAAAUGAUGGAGCAGUCAUGUCCACAACGUUAAAUUUGCGGCCUGGCACUCACCAUCUCAAGUUCAUUGUGGACGGUGAGAUGCGCGCAUCAGAUGUUCUUCCGACUGCUGUUGAUUUCACAAAUCACCUGGUCAAUUAUAUCGAAAUUAGCGCAGAUGAUCCGAAUGAUAAUCUCACACCUGGUGUGAAUCCCCCACAGUCGGUAACGGAUAGUUCCAAGGAGGGUCAAUCCGAAGAAACAUCUGAUGAUUCACCGAAGAAGGAAGAUGCCGAGGAGGAAGUUCCCCCGGGUGAAUUUGGAAGCACGAUACCUCAGUUUCUGGCCGACUUGGACAAAGAGGAAGACAGCCCUGCUUAUUUGCAGGCUGCAAAUGUUAUCGGAGACACACCGACACCGCCCAGCCUUCCGCUGUUUUUGGGAAAAUCAAUCCUCAACAGCACAACUCCCACAAAGGAUGACAGUAGCGUUCUCAACUACCCUAACCAUACUGUCUUGAAUCAUCUUGCCACAAGCAGCAUCAAGAAUGGUGUUCUUGCCACAAGUGUUACGACCAGAUACAAGCGAAAGUAUGUCACCACAAUUUUGUACAAACCCACUGGAGAUAUUACGGAGUGA